ACGCGGGAAAAGAGGGAACAGUUGGGGCGUCCUCUCCCUCUCGAGUGGGAUGUGCGGGGGAGAACAUAUAAAGAGAUCGGAGAGUACAGCUCAAAUUUCUCAAGAGAGCUCGGAUUACUUGUUCGACAGUACACAGAUCCGGAUUGUCCUCAAUGGUCAAAAGUACCAAAUGCCUCGAAAGAAAGAAUACUUGCACAUUUGGAAGAUGAUUUGUUUGAUAUUGGGCGUACUAGAUAUGGAGAAGGGCAUAUGCCUGGGAUCUUGAGAGGCAUUGAUACUUCGUGUGCUAAAAAGUAUUCUGACUGGAAGUACGAUAUUAAAGAGCACUUAACGAUUAAUGGGCCACAAAAUCGUUAUGGUAGUUGCACGGAUACGCAGUGGCAAAAAGCAAUUGAUUUUUUCCGUCGCCCAGAAAUUACGAAACGUUCUGUGGUCAACAAGGAAAAUAGAAAGAAACUGAAAGAGCUUAGCUAUGGAGGUUCUCAGUCAAUCCCAGCCUUACGCUAUAAAAAGGAGGAAUUGCGUGCAUACCGCGACACACAGCAGACACAGGCAACUGAUACUGAGAGUUCCACACCAGUUUCGAGUGCGCCUGAAGAUGAAGACAUAUCUUUGGUACAAAAUGUCUUCGGAAAACGCCGGGGCCACCAGAAAGGAUAUGGACGUAUCCUUAACAUAAGGGACCGAACUCCAUUUGAUUUUCGUCCUUCACAAACUAGAGAUGAAGAGUUGUCUGAGAUGAGAGAGCGUCUUCGACAGUUAGAGGAGCAUGUCCGGACUCAUUGUAUCACCCCGGGAUCUCAAUCUGCCCCACCACCACCACCCGAUGAUCUUGAUGUUGGAGCACCGACUCAGUAG